GCAUGUGACGUGGCAUCUCCAAACUCACUUUUUAUUUACCCAAACUCAACCCCAACCCCUCAAACACAACACAAAACAACACAACACAACACAAAUUUCUCGCUCUCAUUCGCUCUCUCGAUUCUACUAUUCUCUCCUUUCUUCCGUCAACGGCGCUUCUCACUGUGGCCACCGGGUGAACCUUUCCGGUCUGUGGACACGCUUUAAUGUACAGAAGCAGCAAUAUUGUGGCUAGGAUUUUUAAUCGUCAGAUUUGUACUCCUCCUCCUGGCACUAGUGUUCAUCAUGCUCGGUGUUUCUAUGAAAAUUUGGUGCCAAGUUACACUAUUUAUGAGGUUGAGUGCCCAGACCACUUGUUUCGUAAAUUCACUGAUGAUGGACAGUACCUUAUAAGUUUCAGCAGAAAUUAUCAGGAGCUGAUCGUUUAUAGGCCCAGAUGGCUUUCGUUUUCAUGCAAAGAUGAAGAUUGCGAUAAACAUGAUUUGCCAUCUAGAGCUAAAAGAUUUGACAGUUUUUUCACCCAACUAUAUUGUGUACCACUUGCUUCUUGUAAUGAGCUUAUAUGUAAAGAUUUCUUUCUUUACUUGGAGAGCCAGCAAUUUGGACUGUUUGCUACUUCAACGCCUGCCCAAGUUUCUGAUGCACCUGCUGUAGGAGGAGCUGUCCAUGGUGUUCCUUCAAUUGAAAAGAUAACUUUCCACCUCUUGAGACUGGAAGAUGGAGAGAUCUUGGACAAGAAGGUCUUCUGUAACGACUUUGUUAAUUUAACCCAUAAUACGGGUGUCUUCUUGUAUGAUGACCUAUUGGCAAUUGUAUCACUUCGCUAUCAAACUAUACAUGUUCUUCAGAUAAGAGAUGCUGGUAACCUUGUUGAUGUACGGGCUAUUGGGGAAUUCUGCCGUGAAGAUGACCAGCUUUUUCUCAAUUCCAAUGCUCAGCUCCAGUUUCCUGGGAAUCACAUUGAAAAUCCAAUGCAUCAAGGCCAGACUAAUCCGGAGAAUUCUUUCCUGAGUGGAAUAAAACAGCGAUUGCUUUCAUUCAUAUUCCAGGGACUNUGGANUGAAGAAAGAGAUGAAACAUUGAGGAUUCAAGGGCUUAGGAAGAAGUUUUACUUCCACUUUCAAGAUUAUGUUGAUUUGAUUAUCUGGAAGGUACAAUUCUUGGACCGACACCAUUUGCUAAUCAAGUUUGGUAGUGUAGAUGGAGGGCCUCAGGUGUCACGAAAUGCUGAUCACCACCCUGCUUUUGUUGCUGUAUAUAACAUGGAUACAACUGAAAUCGUAUCAUUUUAUCAGAAUUCUGCAGAUGAGCUUUAUCUGUUGUUUGAGCAGUUCUGUGACCACUUUCAUGCAACAUCAAGAAAUUUAAUGUAUAUGAAUUUCAUAUCUUCUCAUUCAAACAAUAUCCAUGCACGGGAACAGCUACGGAGCAUAAAAGAUAAGGCAAGCAACCCUUCACAGUUUGUGAAGAAGAUGCUUGCUUCUUUGCCUUUCAGCUGUCAGUCUCAGAGUCCUUCUCCUUACUUUGAUCAAUCUCUUUUCCGGUUUGAUGACAAGCUGAUUUCUGCAACUGAUCGACAUAGGCAGUCAACUGACCAUCCAAUCAAGUUCAUUUUAAGGAGGCGUCCAUAUUCUCUCAAAUUUAAGAUCAAACCAGGUCCUGAAGCUGGUAGUAUGGACGGUCGUGCAAAAAAGAUCUCUUCGUUCCUUUUUCAUCCAAUUUUGCCCCUUGCCCUCUCCGUUCAGCAGACUAUGUUCCUGCAGCCUUCAGUAAAUAUCCACUUUCGAAGAUGAGCGUAGAAUUAUAGAUUAAGAAGAAAAAUGAGUGUAGAUUUACUUGUCAUCGUCAUCCACUGCUGAAUCAAGAGGAUGUAUAUUUAGUCGGUACUUCCAAAAUGUAUUUCAAUCAGAUUCUAAUGAUUGCCGUUACAGUACUUUUAAAUUUUGCUCUUUUGAUUUUAAAGUUUAAUUAACGGUUGUCUGAUGUCAGAAAUAUAGCAUUACACACUUAUUCAAUCCCUGAUAAGAUUCUCAACAAAGCUUUUUCAUCUGUCUA